AGUGUGAUAUGUUUACUCUAUGUUGUACACACAGACAGUAAGUCUAUCAAUCACACCUUACAUCUGACUGACACAACACGAUUUAUUCCAACUAACAUUUUUUACAAGAUCAAAUGGAGAAAAGGACUAUUCACAACACAAGAAUAGGCGAUUUUCUAAACGAUGCUGUUCGUCAAAGUAACUCAACCCUGACAUCUAAUUUAAAGGUGUACAACGACCCAGUCCACGGCCACAUCCAACUGAACCCUGCCUGUCAGUGUAUAGUGGACACUCCCCAGUUCCAGAGGCUGCGCUACCUCAAACAACUCGGGAUGGUCUACUAUGUCUAUCCAGGGGCGGCACACAACAGAUUCGAGCACUCAUUGGGAACAUGUUAUUUGGCUGGUGUGUUUGUUCGAAUCUUAAAACAAAACCAACCAUUCCUGGGUAUUUCUGACAAAGACAUUUUGUGUGUGGAGAUAGCCGGUCUGUGUCAUGAUUUGGGUCAUGGCAUUUUGUCACAUUUCUUCGAUCAAGAGUUUCUCCCAAGUGUAAAAGAAGGCAAAAAUGACGCUAAAGAAAAACAAGAAACCGAAGAAAAAGAAGGAACUAAAGAAACGAAAGAAACAAAUAUAAAACACGAGUCGAUAUCAGUAAGAAUGUUUCGCCACUUAAUAAAUGAAAACCGCUUGAUGGAAGACGACGGAAAGCUGAGAAACUUUGGGAUUGAUGAUGACGACAUCGCCUUUAUAGAGGAGCAAAUUUCUGGCGAUAGCUCAUACUUAGAGGGGGAAUGGAAAUAUAAAGGAAGAGGAAAAGAAAAGGCAUAUUUAUAUGAGAUAGUCUCCAACAAACGUAACGGCAUUGACGUGGAUAAAUUCGAUUAUUUCGCCCGAGACUGCCACCAUCUUGGUUUUAAAAACAAUUUCGACUAUUUCCGCUACAUGAAGUUUGCCAGAGUUAUAGAAGUUGAUCGACAGAUGCAGAUUUGUAUCCGAGAAAAGGAGAUGUCCAACCUGUACAACAUGUUCUACACGAGAUUUACACUACACAAAAAAGCUUAUCAACACAAGGUCAAGUGUGCCAUAGAGGCGAUGGUAAAUGACGCUCUGAUCAAGGCCAACGAGUUCAUCUUAUUCAAGGGAACGUCAGGAGAGUACCGGAUGUCCGAGUGUAGCCAGGACAUGGAAGCCUUCUCACAACUGACCGACAACGUCCUCUUUAAGAUCCUCUACAGCCCAGACCCCAGACUGAAAGAGUCACGUGAUUUGAUUGAACGAAUCUUCAAGAGGGAUCUCUACAAGACUGUCUACGAGAGUUACCCUGUUGCUGCUGACGAAAUGACCACUGAUAAAAUUUCUAAAAUUCAACACGAAAUAAUAACAAUUGCUGGCGAAUCUGGUAAAACACUAAAGCCCAAAGAUUUUGUUGUUGGUUUUGCUAACUUGGAUUUCGGGAUGAAGAAAAACAACCCAACUGAGAGGCUGAACGUCUACCAUAAGGACGAUAUUAACAACGGCACACAACUGAGGAGCGAACAUGUCAGUACAAUUCUUAGCCCUAACAAAUUCAGCGAGAAGAUAAUUAGAGUAUUCAGUUGCACUAAAGACAAAGCUACAAACGAUGCGAUAGUUUGCGCAUCGAAAGAAUGGUUUGACAGAAACGUUACUAAGUUUAACCAACCGAGCUCCAGUAUGCAUGUGUCAGAUAAUGUAGUCAAAAAUGAUUAAACAAAAUUGGUGU